AUGGUCGAGCCUCAGCCACCGAAGUGGAUUCUUGAUGCUAUGAGUAAAUUCAAUGGUAUGGAGCCACGACUGAUUACCACCAAGAAAGUGUUGUUCGCGAGUGACUUGAACCAGAGCCAGACACGUCUUAUGCUUCCUGCGAACAAGUUUCUGAGCAAAAAGGAAUUUCGGAGGGAGGAAGAGAUCAGAGUCUUGGAAGGAAGUAGCAAAGCAACGCGUACAGAAGGGGUUCAUGCUAUCUUUGUUGAUCCAGAUUUCAAAACCUAUGGUGUUUCGUUGAAACAGUGGAAGAACAUGGUGGUAUCUCGCUGGAACCCUGUUCUUGAUGAUUUCAAGACUCUCAAUGAUGUUCCUAGUAGUAAAGAUGAGGAGUGCUUCUGCUUGGACGAUUUCCCCGAUUUCCCCAAGCUCGACCUUUUUCAUUUCUUAGAAGAAUACGCAAACGUCGACGCUCUUCCGGACUUAGGAUAUUUUGAGAAUACAGAUGUUGUCGCUUCCUUUUACGAUGAUGCCUGA